UGUAUAAUUUUCCGCCGUUUAUAUUAAAUUAAUAGAAAUCAAUUAAUUAUAUUAGAUUGUUUCAUAAAAUAAUAAUUAAAUUAAAUCAAGAAUAAUAAAUUGUUAGAACACUUUUUCAUUAUGUUCAAUUCAAAUUGCUCGUGAUGUGUUUGAUUGAAUUUUGAUUAGCAUUGGAUGUGCAUAUUCGUUCAGAAAGUUCCAAGAUCGUCAUCCAUAGGCCAUAAUUAGUUAGUCAAGUAUUUGCGUUCAGCGAAAUAUUUUCUGACUCCUUGCUUUCAACUGUAUUGGAAGAGGUCAUAGCGCAUCAGCAAAAUUAGUAGAAAGAGCGGGUUGACCUUAUAUAAUGCUGGAAAAUGCAACUAAUCCUUGCAUUUUUUCUUUGCUUAUCUUGCUGCUGUCAGAUUCCAGUAGUAACCGCUGAUGAAAACAACGAAAAUGCGGAGCUGUUGAAGGAAAGUCAACCAGUGAUUAAUUCGACGCUUGUAGGCGACAAUCAGGAGGAUGUUGUUGUUCGAGUAUCCGAUGGUCAGCAAGCCAAAGAACGUCAAUUCCCCUGGCACGUAAGGAUCAAAUCAGUUAAGGACCGGGAGGCAAUAUACUGUGGGGGCUCCAUCAUAUCUGCGGAUUGGAUUCUUACAUCAGCGCAUUGUACUUUUGGCUUCGAAUAUUUAAUUAUUACCUAUGGCUCCAUCUAUUUCAAAAAGCUUCCACAUAAAACAGCCUCUAGACGUUGGAUUAUUCAUAAUGGCUUCAGAAAACGGGAAACUCAUCACGAUAUUAGCCUGGUACGCGUGAGGAAGCCUAUAAUAUUUUCAAAGGAUGUUCAACCUAUCAGCAUUGUUCGGGGUGAUGAUACCUUAACGGAUUUUGCCGGCCAGAAAGCUAUAGUUAUUGGAUUUGGAGCCUCUGAGAAGAGACGCACAUGGUCCUCAACUUUACUUUACAGUAUUGUACGGAUUAUAUCGAAAAAGGACUGCGAAAACUAUUUUGUCCAGGGUAUGGUUGGGGCAGAUAUUAUUUGUGCACAAGGAUAUUAUUCCAACACAGCUGGUAGUUGCGCUGGAGAUUCAGGAGGGUCGUUAGUUAUGAGGAAGGAUGACAAUUCGUAUGUUCUAAUCGGUAUAACUUCAUUUGAAUCUCAGUUUGGAUGUGGACAAGGCAUUCCAACUGGCUAUACACUUAUAGGGCUAUAUUCGACUUGGAUCCGAAAGAUGACAGGCAUUCCAUAGAUUAGACUUAACACAGGUUUACUAUGUAGAAAUCAUUUUUUUUUAUGAAAAUUGUCUUCAAAACACAUAACUAGAAAUUCGUUUAAGAGUUGAUUUGACACUCAGAAGAUAUGAUGACAGUAAAUUUCCCGAAGAUAA